CGCCGGGGCUGGCUGAGCGGGCGGCUGCACACGGGCUGGGGGCUCGACUCCGGCUGCCGCUGCCAUCGGCUCCCCAUCCAUGGCACCGCCCGCCGCCGCCGCCGCCGCCGCUCCAGCCCGGCGCGCCAUGGAGUAGGGGCCAGGCAGCCCCCUGCGCUGCACGGACCGGGGUCCCCCCCCCCUCCUUGGAGCUCCGCGCCCCCCCUCCUUGGAGCUCCGCGCCCCCCCCCCCGCCCCAGCCCGCAGCCCCCCGUCCUCUCCUUGCGCCUGGGCCGCUUCGCCAGCCGGGGGGGGAGCCCAUGGAGGCGGUGGCGGGGAAGGAGAAGCGGCGGCAGCCAGCCCCGGCGGCGGCUCGGUUCCCCCGGCCGGAGAUGCUGCCGCUGCCGCUGCCGCUGCCGCCCGGGAGCCGGCACAGGAGCCAGGCUCGCCGGAGACGAAGGGAGCUGCUGCUGGCUCAGCUCUGCCUCGUGGGCUCGCUCACGCUGCUCCUGGCUUCCCUCUCCAGCUGGGCUGGGCAAUCCGGUUAUGAUGUCCUGAGCUAUCCUAUGGAAACUUACGAUAAGUGGAGUGGGAGGAGACUGCUGCAGGCAACCGAGGACAAUGCCACUGAGAUCCCAGAGGAGACAGAAAAUCGAUAUGUCAAGAACUGCACUGAACCAGCUCUCCAUGAAUUCCCCAGCGAUAUCUUUACUAAUGAGGACAGAAGACAUGGAGCUGUAGUCCUGCAUGUCCUCUGUGCCAUGUAUAUGUUCUACGCUUUGGCAAUUGUCUGUGAUGAUUUCUUUGUCCCUUCAUUGGAAAAGAUUAGUGAACGCUUGCAUCUUAGUGAAGAUGUGGCUGGGGCAACUUUCAUGGCAGCUGGAAGCUCCGCUCCUGAGUUGUUUACAUCUGUUAUAGGUGUUUUUAUCACAAAAGGAGAUGUAGGAGUCGGAACCAUUGUUGGCUCUGCUGUAUUCAACAUUCUCUGUAUAAUCGGCGUGUGUGGCCUUUUUGCAGGACAGGUGGUUGCACUGUCGUCAUGGAGUCUGCUGCGAGAUUCAAUCUACUACACACUGUCUGUUGUUGCACUCAUUGUGUUUAUUUAUGAUGAAAUCGUUUCUUGGUGGGAGUCCCUAGUCCUAGUGCUGAUGUACUUCAUUUACAUCCUGAUCAUGAAGUUUAAUUCCUCCUUACAUCACUGUUUUGAAAGGAAGACAAAAAAUGCUGCAAAUAUGGUUAACGGAUUAUCAAAUAACACAGAAAUGGAUGAUAACAGCAAUUGUGACGCCACAGUGGUAUUACUAAAGAAAGGGAAUUUCCAUCGUAAAGCCUCGGUGAUCAUGGUGGACGAGCUGCUGUCUGCCUACCCACACCAGCUUUCCUUCUCUGAGGCUGGGCUCCGGAUAAUGAUAACCAGCCACUUUCCUCCCAAAACCCGUCUCUCCAUGGCCAGUCGCAUGUUGAUCAACGAGAGGCAAAGGCUGAUAAACAGCAGAGCUUACACCAAUGGGGAAUCGGAAGUGGCUAUCAAAAUUCCUAUCAAACAUGCCCUGGAGAACGGGACAGGCCCCAGCAACUCCACUGAAAGGGGCGUGAAUGGGACCCGAAGAGAUGAGGACAUGGCUGAGGCUGGAAAUGAGACCGAGAACGAGGACAAUGAGAACAACGAGAAUGAUGAGGAAGAGGAGGAAGAGGAGGAUGAUAAUGACGGACCUUACACUCCUUUUGACCUACCCUCUGGCAAAAUGGAAAUCCUGAAGUGGCUCUUCACCUGGCCACUGAGCUUCCUCCUGCACUUCACGGUGCCCAACUGCAACAAGCCCUACUGGGAAAAAUGGUUCAUGGUCACCUUUGCUUCCUCUACCCUCUGGAUUGCAGCCUUAUCCUACGUGAUGGUGUGGAUGGUUACGAUCAUUGGCUACACAUUGGGUAUUCCAGACGUGAUCAUGGGUAUCACAUUCCUGGCAGCUGGAACCAGCGUGCCGGACUGCAUGGCUAGCCUUAUAGUAGCAAGACAAGGCAUGGGGGAUAUGGCUGUAUCGAACUCCAUUGGAAGUAACGUUUUUGAUAUUUUAAUUGGCCUGGGUCUCCCAUGGGCUCUGCAGACUCUAGCAGUGGAUUAUGGUUCAUAUAUCCAGCUAAACAGCAGAGGACUUAUCUAUUCUGUUGGCUUGCUGCUGGCAUCAGUUUUUGUCACAGUAUUUGGUGUCCACAUGAACAAAUGGAAGCUGGAUAAGAAGCUGGGAAUUGUGUGCCUUUUCCUGUACGGCAUCUUCUUAUGUUUCUCCAUCAUGACAGAAUUCAAUGUUUUCACUUUUGUGAACUUGCCGAUGUGCAGAGAUCACUGAUCCAGGUGGCAGACUGUCAAGAGGUACUUCCUUCUUACCUGUGCAAUACAAAACACGGCUGGUGUCUCCAGAACACGGUGUACCCAACAGUCGUGAAAUAUAUCCUGCUCACUGUUCAUAGGAUUCUCCUCCCAUCUCGGUUUACCCUCUUCCGAUCCCGAAACCUGGAAAAAUCCUGCAUCGAUGUGAAGAUAUUUUUUUUCAACAUUAAUGUGAUUUCCAAGUUCAGUUUUUGAACAGUGACUGGGAUUCUAAAUGAACUGGCUGCUAUCUGGCGUUGAGCCAGGCAAAACUGAUCUGCUACAAUUCCUUCCUUUUUAAGUUAUUUGGUGGAAGACUAAUCUAAUUUAUGAUAUAAGACUAUUGCUAGAAUGCAGAAGAAGAGGGUACAUUGUAUAUGGGGUGUUUUUCAAGCAGAACUGUGGGAAUCUUUUAUUUUUAUUUUUUUCAGAGAUCAACAGCCUCUCUUUGCAACUUCUUCUUCUGAGCGCUGAAUUUCGUGUAAUGAUCCAAAGGUCACAAGUGCAGUGUAUUAUGGGAACUCAAUUUGAAAUACUCAGCAUAUGAGUGGAUUGACUGUUAAAAAUAAUGACUGGCAAGGCAGUGGAUAACAACUUUAUACUAUGAUUAACGCAUCUCCUAAAGGUGUUGUAAGGACUGCAAGGUGAACAUGGAUUCAAAGGGUAAACACUGCUACCAUUUUCAUUAUUAAUGUCAGAGCUUUAUUGCUAGGUUAUUUAUAUGACUUCCAAGCAAUGGUUUAGGACUGCCAGCCCACAAGGGCUAACGAGCAGGGGUCCUGGUUUUUAAUGAUCCACACAUUGCAAUGCAAGGUCAGAAGCUUCAGAGGAUCAUCCAACUUCUUGUAAUUUUUGGGGGGGAGUGUGUAGUUUUAUGUCUUAUUUGUUGUGAGAAGGACAUAAGCACAGUCACACAUUCUCUAAAUGAGUUAUAGACACUGGUUUCUUUAAAAGGAAAGAGGCAUAUUUUGCACCGACAUUGUUACUGAAGUCAUAAUUUGCCACUCUUUAAAGAAUACACUGGAUCUGGCCAAAAAAUUUUACAGCUGAACUUAUCUGAUAUCAGAUUGUUGUGGAUUUAUUCCACCUCCUUCUGGAGGAAGAAAGAGAGAGAGGGAGAGAGAGAGAAAAAUGGCACUUUUAAAAUGCAGAAUAUCUUUAAUGCAGAUUCACUCACAAAUCUAAGUUAUGAUGAAGGUUUUGCCAUUCUCUGUUCUAACAGACCUGCAAGGUUUUGUAUAAUACUGUAUUAAUAUGGAGUCAAAUUCCACUACAUGAGGAACACCUAUGAUUGCCACACUUGUAUGUAAUGAAAUUGUGGAUUCUUUCCAGUGCUGGCUGUUGUAUUUACUUUAAGCACUGAUCACUUCUGAUUCAUUUGGUAUGGUUUUUUCCUCUUCCUUGUAUACGUUCUUCUAUGAAGCGUAGUAAGAUACUACCAACAAGGUGAAUGUUUUUGUCUAUGGUACAGAUGGUGGCCAAUAUUGGUAGACAGGACACAACAAAAACAGGGCCCUAAGAGAAAAAAAAAUCUGAACUAGCGGAAGAAAAACAGUUCAGAGUGAAGACCCAUUAUCAACUCAUUUGCACUUUUGCACUUGAUUAUUUAAGAUUAAUUCUCUUCGGACAAAUAGUGUAAAAUAAAUGUUUCCAAUCUGAUCUCCAUUCGACAUAGCACAUUACUUUCUGUCCUUUUCACACGGAACAAAUGAAAAUACACAUUUAUUGGGCAAGUUCCAUGGACAGUUGAUGCACGGCCACCUUGGGUAAAAGCAGACUGGUGGGUCUCUGGAGGAAAGCAGGUGUGAAGACAGUGCAGAUGUGAAUAAAGGGGAGAGAAAAGAGGGGCUCCAUUUUAUAUAUGUGUUGCUAUUUUUUCUUCAGGAACAUAACUGUGAUCCCACUUGUUUCGCUAAGCAGCAUUCUAAGACCAGCAUGCUAAGAACUACACCAUAUGGAAAUCCCAUUGCAUUAGAAAUCCCCAUUGUACCUUCUUAGUGUGUUUUUAAUUAAUAAAAACCACUAAAAUGUCUAAAAAGACUUCCUUACAUUAAAAAAUAGUAGCAUGAUGUGAUACAUUUCAAUAAAUUCCAACCUUGAGGACAGUUAUAAGCUUGCAACAAGAUAUAGAAGCUCCUAAGCUGAAUCUUUCCUUACUUGCAGAAGAGACAAUAUUUGGGGAAAAAAGUUUCACAUCAGGGCCUAUUAUUAUUUCUAUUUUGAAUAUUUAUACUGCUGCUCCAAUGGAGCCAGUUGGAUCUAUUUCUACGAAAUAGCCAUUAUCUAUCCCAUGGCACAAAAAUUGCAUGACUGUUUUUUUUAGGAACUUUUCCUGUUGACAUACAUCAAAUACUGUAGUAUCGUAGCUUUGCAUUGUAUGUGUAUCCUGAAAUACAUUGUUCUGAACUUUGUGCAUUUUGCAAGAAUAUUGUGAAAGUUGCUCAUUCCAAGUGUAAGCAAAGAGGUAUCUUAGAUGCACUGAACUGCUCUAAUCUGUGCCAUAUUCUUAUGAGAUGUGAUAGAACAUUUUCUGUGAUCACAGUUUGAGUUAGAUGUACUUGUGAUCUGAAACCAAAGCAGAUGGUACAAGCUUGAUUUGAAAUAGAGGGCCGGUUGAGUGUGUGAGUUCUAAAAGAAAGAGCCUUUCAAACUGAUAGCUUGAUUAAAGCCCAUGGAAAAAUCUCCAAGACAAAAAUGUAAGCACUUUUCUGUGCAAAGUUUAUUCUGCGAUCACUCUUCAUGAAAGGUCUCCCUAAGUCAUACAAUAAUAAGAUCGCUGCAUUCGCUGACUGAUACUUUUGAGUAUUCUCAGCUUUCAUUUUGUUUUCCUUCCAAGCUUUCACUUUAGUUUUCCUUCCUAGCAAUCGUGGACAGUUUUUCACAAGCAUUUCAAAGUGAGCUUAAAGAGCCUUCUCCCCAGUAGUGAACACCUCACUGCAGUUCUACCUUUUGACCUGAUUUUGUCUAGGCUGACGCCAAAUAUCUGAUCCCAUAGUUUCAACUCCGUUUGACACUUCCUUGAGAGUGAUUAAAUGCCAAAAUCUUGUGACGUGGGUGGUUUUAAGAGACACAGGAAAGAUUGCUUUUGCCCUACCAAAGUAGAAUUCUCUACCUGCAUUUUAUUUGCAUUUUUUUUAAGAAAUAGUGCAUUUUUGUAGCUAUAGGUACCUACAACAGAAAAUAUCUUGCGUGGAGGGCAAUUACACUAGUGUGGUUUGGGAGGUUUCUGUGUUGUUCUGUUCCUUUGUGUUUGACUUUGUAUCCUGAGCUGUGUCAUUGAAAUUAGUGAAUUUGCAUGCUUUGGAUUUGUGGCUUUUGCGCCUGUGAAACGGAAUUUAUGCUAAUUUUAAGCAUUCAAAUGCCUAACAAAAAUUUCUUUAAAAAACAAAGAAAAGAAAGAAAGUGGGGAAAAAACCCACAAGUGCUGAGGACACAACAUUUAAUGUCAGUAUAAGAACCUGAGGUUAACAUUUAAAGUGCAAUGACAGUAGCCCAGAUUUUCAAUGACUUUUCCUAAUAAUCUGUAAAAUAAAAUGUAGGUAGCAAAUACUGUUGGAUAAUUUUUUUUAAAACUACAACUUUCUGAGUACUGCUAGAUGCUUCUUUUACCAAAUUUAUCUUUUCAAAUUAAGUAUGAGGACAUGUCAGAUCAUGCUGUAAUGUCAAGCUCUGUCUAUAUUCAGAGAUAUGCCAUUCAUUUCAUUCAUUAAUUCUCCUGCUGAGGGUAGAGAGUAGAGUACACAUUUUGGAUCAACCGUUUCUAGAGAGCUCCUGCCAAGGUUGUGGCCUGCUCCGUAUUAAGGCUGUGGUAGGCAAAGUCGGAACCCAUAAUAUCCUUCCAGCCCGUGUGAGUCUUCUCCGUCCAGCUUUUGUUGGAUCAAAUGUAUAAAGCUGGUGGACUGGUAUGGACUCCAACAUAAGAAGCAGAUGGCCAAGCUAGCUGAGAUGGUGUUGAGUCACUUGGGAAGACACUAGAGACUGAUUGGUCUGACACCUGACAUCCUCAUUCAGAACACGAUGAAGCUACCAUAUACCUUCAAUAUGACGUUACUGUUUCAUGUUGAAAGUAACCAGUUGGCGCAUUUGCGUCUCUGUUAUGGCUCAGGUUUCAGAGCCAUACAAAAGGAUGGAAGCCACUGCUGCUUGAUAGAUAGUCCUCUUAGAGUUGAUAUGUGGCAUUGAUGCCACAGAGGCUUCCGAAGAGCAUGCAUAACAAUCUUGACCUUGCUGAGUUGAUGUUUCAUGUCAGCAAGGCAACCUCCCUCCCUAAUGACGAUGGAACCAAGACACUCAAAUGCGCUGACAAAUUCUCUUGACCAUUGAUUAUGCUGGAUAGGGGUAAAGGUCCAUCAGCCACUUCCAUAAGUUUGGUCUUCUUCCAAUUGACUUGAAGACCAGUCUUACUUCUUAUUUGCUUCUUCUGUAAAUAUAUUCAGGGCAUUAAUGAGAUUAGUAUUUGAGGAUGAGAAUCUAGCUGUGGUAUCUGCAUAUUCCAGCUCUGCUAUGCAGGAGUCAUGUGGUACCACCCCUGGUAUGUGACUAGUGACAACUUCCAUCAUUCAGUCAAUAAGAGUAUUGCGCAUAUCAGGGCAGCCAAGCAUCCUUGAUGGACACUGCUGUUGUACUCAAACCAGUUGGACAUCCUGGUACCUAAGUGGACACAGCUCUCACUUUGAUAGUGUAUUUCUAUGAGAAGGUGGAAGAGUUUACCAGGCACAACAGCAGCUUGCAGACAGGGCCACAGUGAGCAAUGAUCAACAAAGUUGGAGGCAGCGUUUAGAUCAAUAAAAGCUGUAUACACCUCUUAUUGUCUGUGCCAAAACUCUUGACCUUUUCCAAUAAUUUGUCUAAUGGUAAAAAUCUGCUUUGUGAUUGAUUGGCUUGCUGUAGACAGUGUAGAUUCUUUAUUGGGGGGUUAGCAUGCUCAAGAAGAACCAGCAUGAAUAGUUUACUUGCAAUGGAAAGCAAAGUCAUGUUGCAGUGGUUGGAACACACCAGACUAUUGCCUUUCCCUUUCUAAAAUGGGAGAAUAAUCCCAUGGCUCCAGUCAUCAGGUAGUUUCUCAUGAAUCUAUACUUAGUUGAUAAUUUGGGAAAGGAUCAGUGAACAGACCAAUGUUCCCUUUAAUUUUUGACAGGCUGUGUGCACAAAAAAUUGCUUCUGUGCAAAUUUUUGACAGGCCGUGUGCACAAAAAAUUUCUUCUGCGCAAAUUGUGCUUCUGUGCAAAUUUUUGUGUGCGCGGUGAUUCGCCGUGUGCACGCGGUUUAGGAUCUGUAUGCGCGUGCACACGCACACAGCUUUGAGAGAAUAGUGGAACAGACACUGGACAGCAAAGAAAAUUGCCAUGUGGCUUGCUAAAAUGGGAACAACCAAGAAUACCAAUGCCUCAAUGCUUUGCAUAACACAGCUUUAAAGCAGGACAUUUGAGGCAAAUAAGGCUCUGUUGAUAAAAGCUGCAUCAGCCAGAAAUGAGUAUGGGACUGUCUAUAAAGAAUUGUGCCCCUUAAAAGCUGGUCCAGGGAACAAAUCCUCACUUGUCAAAGAUGGACGCUAUAACACACCAGUUUAACUUUAAAAUGAUAUAGUUAAAUCAGUGCAAACUCAAUGUGGACAGACAUUCUUAAUUGGAUUUAAAUGUGGCUUAUAGCAGCGAAACUUCAUCUGGUAAAGCAUUGGCUUAAGCUAAAUCAAUAUAAGGUAACUUUAAAUCCAAUUAAGAGCAUCCACACAGGGAUUUGCACAAAUUUAAAUGAAUCAGUUUAAAAUCACACAUUUAGGUUGAAGUGAUGCGAGUCUGAAUACAGACAUGGCCUUGGCAGCUUUGCUUCAAACAUAAGGCAUCAUGCCUGGUAGUGCAUGUAGUUUGAAUAAGCUAUACAAAUGCAUUGGGUAUAUUGUGAGGCACUACUCUGAAAGAAAGAUAAGUGUUUCCAGUGUCCUAAGACUAUAAGUGAAACCUUGGCGCUGUUGAAAUCAAUGGCAAAAAUCUCAUUGCUUCAGUAGGGCCAAGAUUUCUUCCUAUAUGUCUUUACAACAGCACAUCCUGUUGGUCUUAAAAACAGUUAUUUAAAGAUAUGAAUAAGUGAAUCAGACACAGAACUCUUUUUUUAAGCCAAAUCAACAAGCUAGUUCUUACUAAUACAGCUUGGCACAAGUAAGGAGAUUGCAUAUGAAAGUGUUAUAGGGGUUAGGAACUGUAGGAGCCUGGAACUUGGAGCUUUUUUCACUUGCAGAAAAUUCAUUUACUUUAUCCCCAGCACUGCUGACUCAUUGGACAGACAAUGAAAAGUUUUUAAGUUUCCAAAAGUGGAGUUGUAGCCAAAUUUAUGCCAUGGGGGGAAAAGCAAGGUAUGCCCAACAAGGCAAGCAUGGAAGAAAAACACUUUUUUGUUUUGUUUCUUUGAUCACACAUCCAGUGGUAUAAUUUGUAACAUUUGGCUGUGAAUCUAACUCUAUCCACUUGUAACAGCCCACUAACUACGCCAAGUCUUUGAAGCUUGGGUGGAGCUAGCUAAUUUCAUGAAAGCUUUUAGUGAAAGAAGCACAGUUCUUAUAAGGUUCCAAAUAUUUUAACAGUUUUUAAUUGUAAUUUUCAAAUUAUCAGUAAAACAAGUUUUAAAACUUCCAUCCCAAAAAUCUCGACCCCCCUAUCUAUUUUGUUCUUUUCAAUUGAGUAGUACUUGAAUGUGCUAAAAUUAAUAUGGGUGUUUUUAAUAAUAAAUGUGACUUUUUUUAGCAAGUUGGAGAAAUGAGGUUCAAUGUUAAGUACCUGAACCUACAUGGACAAUCAUGAUAGGCACAGAAGUUUGCCCAAAUGCUGAAUAUUUGUCCGUUAGCCUUGUGGUUUCAGGUCAGCAUAUCUGUGACAGGUAAAGCAGGUAAUUUUUAUCUGUAAUUUAGGAGGUCUCUGUUAUUGGAUCCUGUAGAACACUGUACAGAUUUCAUAAUAGAACCAGCUGUAAGGUUGUUACAAAUUGUAUCUGUUUCUUUCUUUCCUAUUCUUGCAAAGAAAAAAUGUCUGUCAACAUAAACGGGCUUCAUCAGUUAUCAGCGAUAACUAAUCUUAGUUACGAUGUUACAAGAAGUGUCCAGAUAAAAUUCUACAGAUAAAAUACAGAUAGAUUUAGAUUUGAAAAUAAGUAACUGAUACUGGAUGGUUUUGGUAAAAAAAUUCUUUGGACAGAUGAUCUGUUUACAAACCAUUGUAUAGCUGGUUGUCUCUAUGUACAGCAUGGCAAGAUUAUAAGGAUUCGUGCCAAAUUUUUGAGCCAUUACACUAGGUGAGAGCCUUAGGAAAGAACACUCCUUUAUCUUCACUAUUAACAGAAGAGGCAAUAAAAGAAUGCAACUGCCAAUGACAUUAAGUUAAUAACAUCAGGAGUAUUUUUAACAGAGUAGCUGUUCUGAAGUUUCAGUACUUCCAUAGUUCUAGAUUUCAUUCUUCAGAAUUAAUAUACAUUACCUGAAUUUUAACACCAUCUUUGAGAAUGAACUAAAUGUUUUGAUUCAUAUAAAGAGUUGCAGUUAAACUCAGGCAGAUGUGUACAAUACAGUUUCAUUUUGAUGGGGGUCAGGCUGCAGUUACUUAACUGUUCAGCAGAGAGUUAGCAGGGAGAUAACUACAAUCAGAAUAGAGUUUCUGAGACUAUAUUUCCUUUCAGUUAGCCAUGAGAUUAUGGAAAAGAAAAAUGUGCUUAAUGUUCCAUUGUUGUUGGUUUCUGAAAUUAGAUAGGCUUAAAGUAUUGCAGGAGAGGGGUUGUGCAGUGGACAAGUUUCAGCCCAGUGUCAUGAUGGUACUUACGGUCUUAACACCACACACAGGGCUUCUGAGGCAAACAGCGCAUCAGGAAAGCUUGUUUGGGAACCUGCAAAGACACAGUGAAACCCAAAAAAUGUGUAGCAUUGAACAGGGAUGGGGCAUGACUAGUAUAGCUAGGAAUAUGCUGAUUUUGUGUAGCACACAUACCCUGCCCCUCCCCCAACAACCUCUAUCAGCAGCACUCCUGUGGAGGUCCAACCAUAACUUAAAGUUCUCUCUCCACCCAAGAUCCUGAGGGAGGCAAUGGUGGUACCACCAUAUGCACUUCAUUGGGGUAAAUGCCCACAAAGAUAUAGAGGGCCAGGCUGACACAAUGUGGUGCCAUUUACACCUCCCUAUGGGCUUGAUCCAACUCCCAUUACAGGUCAUGACAGGAGUCCAUGUACUAUAAUGAGAAUUGCAUCAGGCCUUAAAUCCCCAAUUCAGCAAAGCAUUUAAGCAUGUGCUUAAGACUCAAAUAAGUCAAUGGAGCUUAAGCAUGCACUGAAAGCUAAGCAUAUGCUUAUGUGCUUUGUGAAUUGGGGUCUAAAGGUCAGGUUCAGUGAAUCUAACCCAUUGGCAUCAGUGAUUUUUUAAAGCAUUUCAAUGAAUACAGUGUCUGCACCAUAGUCGUGUGGAUUUUAUAAACGGUGGAUGCAGUAAAAUAUACCCAUUACAAGCAGUGCUGUAGAAAAAAGUCCUUCAAUGAUGAAUGACCAGAAUACAAGACUCCAGGAAGGAGAGACUUUACUGAAUGUGCCUUUGACUGAAAAGAAAGAAAUGACUUUGAAAGGCUUUAUAGAUUUUAACUACGAGUGAACUACUGAGCAAACUUUUUACUCUUUAUAGUAUUCUUUAGGAAAGUAGAUUUUCCCCGUUAAGUUUUGCCAAGAGUUGGCAUAUCACAUUCCUGGAUUUUGCUACACAAAUGAGGCAGCAUGUCAGAAUGUUUUUAGCAAACAUGGCCUGAUCUUAAGCCCACUGAAGUCAAUUGAAUUCGAUGAGCUUUGGAUCAGGCCCACAGUCAGGAAAAUCAAGAAUGCUUAUUACUGUUUUCUCCUACAGAUAGAUCACAAUUCAGCUGGUCUGAUUAGCAAAGUUUGUGUGUCACUGUUCAUUUGAUUCUGAGUGAUUCAUAAACACAUGAAAGGGUGUGAUAUACCACAUACUGUACGUUCAGUAAGCUUGGCAGUUUCUCCGUAUUCCAAAUGUUUGUUAACUGACUUGAAGCUCUUUGUUGCAUUUCUCGGGAACAAAUGCUUUUUUUUUUUAGUGUUUAUAGCCUAGUUUGAAGGAGAAAAUAGACUUCUGGUAUGGCUGACAAAUUUGGGGCUCAGGUACUGCAGCAAUAGUUACCCCUUUUCUCCUUCUGUGUACAUGGCUGCAUCUGUAGGUGUGGAGGCUAAGAUAUAACAUAAGCGCAGAAUCCUGGCCCCACUGAAGUCAAUGGGAAUUUUGCCAUUGAUUUCAAAGGAGCCAGGAUUUAAUACCAAAUGUUGAAAGCACUCUUACAAUAACAUUCUGUUAUAAGGUGAGAGUUCACCCAAAUUCAGAGUCCAGUCAUUACUUACACAUACGCACCCAUUUGAAUCCAUGGGAUUACUGUAGGAAGGAUUACUCUUGUGAUUGAGGGUUUGCAGAAUGAGUCCUUUGUCAGUACAAGUCUCAUUGUUCCUGAUGUUAUUUGGGACAGUCUUUGUCGACUGAGGAAAGGUUAGUUUCCUUUAGUCGGAUGGGGAAGGCAUCUUGCAAUUUAUUUAUGAAGGUCCUUAUGGGAUGGGUGGUACAGAAUCCAUCCACCAGUCUCAAAGCUAUAAAAUGAGGUCUAUAGCACAUGCCAAUUUCAUCCCUGUUAUAAGAAUAAUUGUGUUACACCAAGGAUGACUAUAACUCCAUGUCAUAAUAUUUGUAGAAAAUGAUAAUAAUAAUGAAACAAAAAUAUGUGGGGUGGGGGUGGGGGGGGAGAAAUACAUUUCAUAGCAGGGAUGCUCUUGAAAAUUUGAAAGGUAAGGGAUCAAAUUUCCCUACAAAUAUAUGACUGACUGCAUGUCUCGCCACAUUUUUAGGACACAACAACAUGAGUGAUGGCUGGUGGAUCCAUAGGCCUUUAUAUAGGAAGACUUCUGACAUAGUUUGAGAGGUGAAGAAUUUGAAAAAUUAGCAGAUGUAAAAUAAUGUUGGCCAAAUGCUGUGGAUUCUGUUUCAAAAGCAGCUUCCCCUCUGAAUUUGGUUGGUUGCUUGUAGAUGGGUAUAUUAUUGGUUUCCUUGUAUCAUAAGGAUGUGAGAUUGUGCUACCAUAAUCCCUUUAUUAAGUAUAGAGUCACCCUAUGGAUUUAAAUGUGUACAAGUGCACUACCUAAGACAGAAUUCAUGCAUUGGACUAAUAGAAAUAGGAGGCAGUUUUGGGCCCAAGAAUAGGUGGGAGAAAAUGCAGAGUGGACCUAUUGCUUCAAGUACCUGUCUCGAUACCACGCGGGUAUAACUCACGGUGUACCCGUACACUGCACAUGUUCAUUGAAACAUCAGCUCAUUACACAGGCCAUGGGAAUCAUCUCCCAAAAUCUUUGCCCAAAGAGAAAUCAGUGUCUCUUCAAAGUGAAAUUUGCACAAUACACAGGUAUUUUAUAUCUGAUCUUCUUCCUGGGGAUCCCUGUUUUGUUCAUUUAUAAACAGACAACACGUUCUGUCCACUGUAAGCAAGUGAAGUAGACAGGAUCCUGGCUUUUUUAUAGACAAAGACAAUGAUUUCACUAUGAGCAUUACUGAUCCAACUGAAUGAUUAUAGUUUUGACGUGGGUAUUUUAAGCUUCCUGAAGCCAGGCCAUCCCAUAUUUAACUAUAUUCAUUAAAGGAUUUGAUCGUGAAUAUGACAGAUUUUGGGCCUUAUUUUUUUAAAUUUUUAAACAAAGAUUUAUAUUCAAGUGUGUACAUUAUGUGCUUUAACCCAGUAUGUUCUCUGUUAUUAAAACAAAGCCCUGUGGUAGCUGGCUGCCAUAUGAAUAGGAAAAGAAAUCUAUUAUGGCUGUUGAGAAGACAGAAACUGAUGUCAGUAUUUAAGAUACUUACACACACAUACACCUUUUUUUGUAAGUGCAAAAGACGGUUACUUGUUUUUAAUUUGUUUCCAUGUUGGUAUCAGCAAGUAAAUAUUAGUUUUGCAUGCCAAUCAUAUAUGUAUAUAAGAAAUAUAACAGGACAAGUUGAAACAGCAUAUCUUUGUAAAUUCAGUAGUAUUUCCAAUUAUUGUUACUACCACUAUGUUAAAUUCCAGUUCCCUUUCCUGAAUGUAAGAAGUUUUUAAAAAAUGAUCAAAGAGGUCAGGAAAUUGUGCACUGAAAUAUUUAUACAUUUAUUUAUUUAUUUCUAUUACAUGAAGAAUUACGCCCCUGAAUCAGGAAAGCAUUACCUUGUUCAGGAAGAGCAGUUAAAACCCAGGGCAGUCAAUGGAAUUUAAGCCCACGCUUAAAUUUAAGUGCAGGCAUAGGUGCUUUCCUGAAUCAGGACCUAAAGUUGGAGCUGUUUAAACACAUUAGUACCAUCCUUUUGAACUUCCAUGAAAAGUGGUGAGACAAUUAAUUUACUGUGAUUUUUUAUCAGCUUGUUAGUCCCCUCCUGCAACCUAUAUGGUGAGGGUAGUUAUCGAACAUUGAGAGAACCUGAAAAAUGUCUCUGUGCUGGUCACUAGUACUGAUCGCUGGAGUAGAAAUGCGUAAAUAUCAAACCUUCACCUCCGUCUGUCAAUCUAUCAUAUUUUGAGGGCAACCAUCCCUGUUUUUUCUGAGCACCAUUUACAGUCAUUACAAUUUACAUUUCGUGAGGUGCCAAUAGGUAUUUUAUAAGAAAUCUUCCUUUCCCAAGUUUGAAUCAAUUUCUUCCAAAACUGUUUUUAAAAAAAGUGUAAAUUACAUGUGAUGACCUGCAUUUUUGAAAACAGGUGUAACAUGGAAGUAAAUGUUUGGGUGCAGAUCCUCAAGCUGGUGUAAAUUGUCAUGGCAACAUUGACAGAGCAGUGGAUCAGCCCUUUGAAAUCUUGCAAUAAAAUGCUCUCACUAUUUGCAAACAGGCGAGUGGGUACCCCCAUUUCAAUAAACCUGUUUUUUCAUGUAGGUCAGUACAUCUCCAUUCUAGGAGGAUGUAUCACCUGGCAUUGCUGUCAAGGUGAAUUAUGGUAGAGCUCAAUAUGGAUGAGGCAAGAAGCAGUGCAGGCAUCUUCAUAAGAAUGGGACAGUGGAGAGGAAAGGUCAGAAUUUUAUGCUUGAGCAAGCUCUUAGACACUUAGGUAUUUUUCAUUUUAGGAAAAAAAGCCUGCAAAUCAAAAGGAUAAAGGCUGAUUAUGAAGCAAGUGUUGCAUAAAAUGAACCUCCAUUUAUUGUAGAGUUUGUAACUCAACUGAAUUCUUCUUCUUAAGUUCUCACAGAAAACAUCUUUUUUUGGUAGCUCUCCACAAUGAGUCUAAAUCUUCACGUACAACAUACAUUUCUUUGUAUCAAAAUUGGGAUAUGAAAUCAGAACAUUCAUUCCUAGAUAAACUAAAACUCCAGCUAAAAUAUUGAAUUUGUUGAGAUCUUGAAAAAAGACAAAAAUAAAUUCUUGAUAUCUUGGUCAUUAAAGCUUUCUAAUUUUAAAAAUGAAUGGCAUAUCAAAAGGGCACAGCAGAUAAAUACAUGUUUUAUACAGCACAAGCAGAGAGCAAAUGCAAAUGAAAGUAAAACUGCAUUAUGAAACACAGAUUCUUGUGUAAUGAGAAUGUUGGCAAGUUUUUCAAGGAUUCAUUUAUGUUGUGCAAAUAAUAUUUGAUCUUUACAGUUCACUUACUGAUUCUGAAAAGGGGUUUUGUUUUGUUUUUUCCAGUAACAAGUACUGUAUUUCCUUAUCAGGGAAAAUGUGGAAGAUGAGUCCAAAAUAUUGCAUGAGUCAGACUUGAUUCUUACUUUAGGUAAAUAAGUGUGUAUCACUGAUCAUGAAAAUCUCCUGUGCACAUGUGUCAGUGUAGACCUAUAUACCUUAGAGACUAAUUGCACCCUUGUAAUUACUGAAUUCUCAGGGGCAAAUUGUGACCAACUUCCUCAUAAGAGUAGCCUCACUGAGUUCAACAUCUACUCUCAUGAACAAGGAAGUCACAAUUAGGCUCUUAGGCCUAGAUCCUCAUUGAUAUUAAGUACCUAAUAUCAUGAAGGAAUUUUCCUCCAGGGCAGAUUGGAAGAGGCCCUGGGGUUUUUUCGCCUUCCUCUGUAGCAUGGGGCAUGGGUCACUUGCUGGAGGAUUCUCUGCUCCUUGAAGUCUUUAAAUCAUGAUUUGAGGACUUCAAUAGCUCAGACAUAGGUGAGAGGUUUAUCGCAGGAGUGCGUGGGUGAGAUUCUGUGGCCUGCGUUGUGCAGGAGGUCGGACUAGAUGAUCAUAAUGGUCCCUUCUGACCUUAAUAUCUAUGAAUCUAUGAAACCUAACUCCAUAGUUAGCUGAUUAAAUAAAUGUUAAGAACUACUUUAAUCCCCAUACUGAAUAUACAAGAGGGAGAAUAAGCUCGAAGAGACAUAUUCCCCUCUCUGACAAUGUCCUGUGCAAUGUCAGAUUCCCCAGUAAAAUGGUGAAACCAUGGCAGUGCUCUCAUGAUUAGAAAGCAUGAGCAAAAAUUCAAAAGGGGGCGUGCACACAGGAAAACAGGACUGGUGCUUUUUUUAGUGCAUUGUUAUGUAUCCAGAAAUAGGCACAGGAUAAGCAGUCCUAUGGGGUGAACUUCACCCCUGUGCAGAAAGGCAGUACGAGGCUGACGAGACAUUUAAACCCAUAAAUAGGAUUUAAGUCAGACUUACGUGCCACAGAAGCCUAGUGCUAACUCUCUGUAGAGAGGUGAAUUUCAGCCAUCGUAAGUUGCAGGGCUUUCGGGGCCAGAUGUUCCUUAGAGCUCAGCAUCCCAACAGCUCCCAUUUAGGCACUAAAUAAAUGGAUGGAUUUAAAAAAAAAA